GGUAGCGUACAGGCUAGGAGAAGAAAAGCCACAGCCUUUAGGUGUGGAGUGAAACUGUUUGCAGACAUUCCUUCAAUGAAAUGACACUCAGCGUGGACUUUACACGAACAUUAAUUGCACAAGUGCUGUCACAUACCCACAAUGCCCUGCUCCACAGCACAGCAGUUCUUAAUGACAGAUUAACCAAAGCCGUCUAAGCAUUACACACAUUAGCUCUUAAAUUAGCCGGAUCACAGUUUCGAUUAAACAAUAAGGUGUGUGUGUGUGUUUGUUCAGCCAAUUUGUAUAGGUGUUGUGUGUGAAUUUGUGUGUGUGUGUGUGUGUGAGAGAGAGAGAGAGCGGCCCAUGCUGCUGCUGUUGCUGUUGCAGAGGGAGGACAUUUUUGGCUCCAGCUGCUAAGCCUGCCGGAUGCCUUUGCCAUGAUGUUUCUCUCGGCACCAGGAAAUCCCCUCACUGUCUUCAUUCAGCCAGCCCGGCUUGCUCAUACACACACUGCACUCACACACACGCACUCUUACUGACAAACACCGAAGGUUUCUGCCCCUUACACACACUUUGUUAGCUCUGUGAACUAGCUCCUCUGCCUGAGCUCCAGUCGCAGCUCUCUGCCUCUGACGUUUCUGCGUUCCUCAUUUCAUCCACUGCUGGUUUCACAGCUCUCAGAUUUAGCCCAAGGAGGAAAAAUAAAUAAAUAAAUAAAUAAAUAAACUGAGUGAUGAUGCAAGGCAGGGCAAUCUAUUGUGAAAUCUCUCUCUCUCUCUCUCUCUCUCUCUCUGCUGCUUCACUCUCUCGGAAUUCCCCCUUUAUCUCAUUAUCAUCACGUCAUAUUUAAGACACAACAUAAGACGGAGGAAAUCAGAGGCCGGCAUUUCAUCCUUUCUGAGUAACAGGUCAAAGGAUGGGGUCCAUUUGACCGGAGGUUUCCCUAAACUUCCUGCGAUGACGAGGAGGCGCUGAACUCCAUCAUGAAGGACCUGGCUGCUCUGGGUCGCUGCUACACCCAACAGCAGCCCAGAAGCAGAACUCUCCUCUACAAACAGGAUGUAAGAGUCAAGUUGGAGCAUUAGAGAGAAAAAAGAAUCAUCCCUUUUCAGAGGCCUCUGAAAAUCAAGGAGCUGCUGCAGAAAGUGACGGAGGCCUUUGGCCAGCAAAUGGACAUGUUCUUCAUGGAGAAAGAGCUGCUGCUGCCCCUGAAGACCCAGGAAGACCUGGAUCAGGCAGUGCUGACGUUGAGCUGCAGCUCCGGGAUCAACAGUCUGCUCAGGAUACUGCUUAAGACUCCCAAGAACAGCCAUUACCUACAGGUAAACAGCAGAGACAAACAGAGUGAGAUGAAAUCUUCCAGGUCUCUGGGAGAUUUGAAGGGCUCCCUGCUCAAGGGGUCGGAGAGGGUGCGCAAACACUCCACAGGCUCCCUACACACAGGUCGGACGUCCCCGCCACCAGGCAGCGUCCCCGAGGAGCAGCAGCAAAUCGCCCGCCAGGGCUCCUACACCAGCAUCCACAGUGAGGGAGAGUUCAUCCCUGAGACCCUGGACCAGAAUAUGCUGGAUCCCUUCGGGAGCACGGACAACUCGCUGUCAAACAGCUGUCAGUCAAUAGACCAAGCACUGGACAGCCCUCCGUUCUCACAGAACAAUCGAGACAACAAUUACCUGAACCUCAACUAUGAAUACAAAGGUCGUCAUGGGAAAGGAGGGACAUUUCCACGCCAGUUCCAGUUGCCCAAUCGCAGCAAGGAUUAUGGAGAUCGUCGUAGGACACUUCCCAGAAGCUUCAUGCCUCAGGAGAACCUGUUCCAGCUGGUUCCCUCCAGUCGUACCCGCAGCUACACUGGUGACACCACGCUGCAGUACGACCUGCGCUCGCUGGGCCGCACCACUGACAAAAGCUGCCAGCUUAGUACGUCCAAGUCACCGAGGGCGCCAGUCAACUGGCGACAGGGGAAACUGUUGGGGCGCGGGGCGUUUGGAGAGGUCUACCUCUGCUAUGAUGCUGACACGGGCCGUGAGCUGGCUGCCAAGCAGGUGCCAUUUGAUCCUGUUUGUCAAGACACCAGCAAGGAGGUCAAUGCACUGGAAUGUGAGAUUCAGCUGCUAAAGAAUCUGCGUCACGAGAGGAUUGUCCAGUACUACGGUUGUCUUCGGGACCUGGACCAGAAGAAGCUCACCAUCUUUGUAGAGUUCAUGCCUGGGGGAUCAAUAAAGGACCAGCUGAAAGCCUACGGGGCUCUGACGGAGAAGGUGACAAGGAGAUACAGCAGACAGAUCCUCCAAGGAGUCUCCUACCUGCACAGCAACAUGAUUGUACACAGAGAUAUCAAAGGUGCUAACAUUCUGAGAGAUUCCUCGGGGAACGUGAAGCUGGGAGACUUUGGAGCGAGCAAACGGAUCCAGACCAUCUGCAUGUCUGGGACUGGAAUCAAGUCUGUCACUGGCACCCCCUACUGGAUGAGCCCAGAAGUCAUCAACGGGGAGGGAUACGGCCGGAAAGCUGAUGUGUGGAGUGUGGCCUGCACUGUUGUAGAAAUGCUGACACAGAAACCUCCCUGGGCCGAGUACGAGGCCAUGGCGGCCAUUUUUAAGAUCGCCACACAGCCGACGAAGCCCAUGCUUCCCGAGGGUGUGUCAGACGCUUGCAGGGACUUCCUGCGGGAGGUGUUUGUGGAGGAGAAGCGCCGUCCCACUGCAGACUUCCUCCUGACCGUUCGUCCAGGGCAGCUUCUGAGUCCGUCCGACCUCCCUCCCCUCCUCCCCUGCCCUGUGAGGUGUUCACGGCUCCGGUGCCUCCCCUCCUCUCGGCCCGCCCCGUCCCUGUGUGUGGUCCCACUCCCUUCAGCGUCACCAGCCUCCGUGUCACCACUGGUGUUCUGCUCUGCUCAAACCUCUGCAUUUUUCACCAACUCGUCCACCAAGAGGCCAGGUUGAGUCCUGUCAGACCUUCAGAGAGAGUUCCCCACGGGCGGGACUGACAAGAAAGCACACCAUGGUCCCAAAAACUGCAGACUGCUGUCCAGCAAUAAUAGCAGGACACACGACCUGAGUUAGAGAAUGAGGCGAAGAGUGGUUUGUAGUUUCUUCUUGGGUCUUUUAUCCUCACCUUCAGCUGCAGAACAGUGUCCAGGCACUAACUGAGUGCAGAGAGCGCUCACACCUGACAGUACUGUUAAGUCAGCCGACAAUUAGAAGUGAGUGAAGUCAAGUCAAGGUGGUGAAAUAUUUUUAUAUGACAUCUAGGAAGAAGAGUUUUGCAAAAAAAAAUGUAAAUGUAUUUUUCUCAACGCCUUACAAUAAGAAUUUGUAAGAAGUAAGAAUGUCUUUUUAUAGGAAAUACGCUGAUGAUGGCUGCGUUCCCCUAUUUUCAUAGCACUCACCAUGUCACUUAGAAGGACUGUCCACGUUGCACUUUUGAUAUCAUGCAUUGAAACCUUUCCAACGUGCAGGAUAAUCAAACCCUGAGGAGAUAUUUUUCUAUUUGAUGAUUUUUUUUUAUAAUGAGAAAACUGUGUUGUUUUUGUGUUUUGGUGUGGAGAAGGAGAACCAACCAAACAUUUGCAUUUGUGUGCAAUGUCUGUUAAAAAGCAAUAGCAGCAACAGUACAGUUGAUGUCUGUGACGUCCAUCCAUCCCUGCGUCUCAUGCAGUUAGCCUUGUUCUGUAUAAAGACAAAAUGGCCAAAGAAAUGUCGCAGCGACGGAAACUUUAACUUAAUUUUGGUUAAGUUAACGUGCAGUAUUAAUGAUAUGACAUUAUCAAAAUGAAUUGACCUCAGCCCUAAAGCAGCUUCCUAGUUAUGGCAGCUUUGUGCUUAUUACAACUGCACAGACAACAAACAAACAAAAAACAAUCAGCAUCACCUCAUGUUGCCGGGUGGAGUGAGCAGAGAGCAACUCAUUUGUGUGUUGUUUUUUCACCUAGAUGACUUGAGAGCAGACCUCUCUGCAGACAUGUCAUGUAAGAUGGAACGUGGUGUGCAUAAGUCUUCGUGAUUUAGCCAUGAAAUGUGGAACUAAAUUGUUUCACACACUUCAUGUAAAUGAACAUCGAAAUAUUCCUUUUGUCAUUUAAUCAGCAACAGCAGUUCCUCUUAGAACAACCCAAACUGCGCUUGAAUGCUUGUUGCUCCUUGACCUACUUCCUGUCAAGCUGAUUUCAAAUAGAUUCAGUGACGUUAGGGCCCAGACUCUGUGGAGGCCUGUCAACCUCUGACAGAGCUUUUGUUUUUAAUUCAGUCUAUAGCAUUAGCUCUUCGUUCUUCCAAUAAUUCCUCCGUUUACCACUAGAGUAUGUUCAAGUACCACCAUUGGUACUUGCACCAUAGUUUGAGAACCAUUGACAUAGUCUGUCUGUGUGUUUAUGGUAAAAGUUACUGAACUUUAUAAUAUGAAUAAAAUUAGAAGGUUUAUAAAAUAAUAUAUAAUGUAUAUGUUAAAGGCAAAAGAAUAAAAAAAAAAAUCCAAAGACGGGAGAUUAAAAAUGUACCCGUCUUUUUUAAGGUUUAAAAACAUAAAAAAACACGGUUGCCUCAGAGUAGAUGCACAUCACUGUAAAGACAGGGCUAAAUUCUGUUUUCUUCUAAGUGGAGAGGAGAAAAAACACACACCAGGAGGGAUUAACGAUGGACCCGCGUGGUGCACUUAACAGAAAUGAUCAAAUUUUCUCUGACCUUUUGCCAGUGCCUUACCUGAAACUGCUUGUAAACACAAAUGUUCACUGCCAAAAUGGGAAGCUUCUUAGUACAACAAGCAGCUGUUCAGUAGAGAGCACACACACACUCACACUCACAGAUUGCUGAAAGAUUAUACUGUAAAUACAUAUUGUUCUGCACUUUUGUAUGACAUUUGUUUCCUUUUUAUACAUUAUAUACAAAUCUAUUUGAUGGAAUGGCUCGGAGCUGCAGCAGACUGUACUGUGACUCUGACAGCAGGAUGUACGGUUGUCUCUUUGAGAGCUGAAAGGCAGUAUGAAAAGGCUGGCAGGCUUUUGACGGGGACAGUCUGGUCUUGUCUUUAUGACGAGCCUUCAAACAUGAAAUGUAUCAUGUCAUUGAUCUUUUGUACAUUUAACUUAAUAAAUCAAAGGUCUAAGACUA